UACAUUUGGGAUACCAGGUCAUUUUUACAACCGCCCCGUGUGCUAUCAUUAUGUUGCCCUUUGUCGUUACCACACGACGAAGAAGUGUUUCGUGCUGUCUGUCGGUGAAGUCGGAGAUGAAGUUAGAUAUCUAAGACGAAAGACGAUGUAUUCAACGAAAUCGGAAGACCAGUCCUCAACGGAUCACGUGAUCCGUGGACAAAAUGGCGACCAAUCCCAGAGUUCCCCGGAAAAGGAGCCGCUUCGAACCGAUAGAAAUGAAGAUGACCAAAGCAGCGAGGAAUUCGAAGGAGCCUCGUAUGGAUGGUGGCUGUUCCGACCCAAGUUUUUAAAGUUCCUGAACAGCCCUAAGGGGUUCCUGGUUACCUAUUGUGUGACGAAUCUGUUCAUGAACACCAUGGCUGAUGGGAUCAUCAGCACCACCAUCACCACCAUAGAGAAACGCUUCAGUCUCUCCAGCUCACAAACAGGAACGAUUCCAGGAUCUUUUGACUUCUCAUGCGCAGCAGCCGCCAUCUUGCUGUCCAGUUUGGUCAAGUCCAGGCGAAUGAAACUGCGAUUCAUAUCCAUAGGAGUAGCGCUCAUAGGGUUUGGAGCCAUGCUAUACGGAAUGCCACACUUCCUUGUGGGCCCGCACGUGUAUGGAGCCCUGAAGGCGGACGUCUGUGUUCCUCAGGGAAACAGCACGGAGUCGGAAUGUAACAAGGAAGGGUCUCUUCAACACUACUUGUACUUCUUUGUUUUCGCCCAAGUUACAAUAGGCAUCGGGGCAGCACCGCUGCUGACGUUUGGAUUAGAUCUAUUGGAAAAGAGCGCACCACCGAACCAGGGAGGACUUUAUCUGGGAAUUAUGCAGAUUUCUAAAGGACUGGCGAUCGCGGUUGGUUUCCUACUCGGGGGACAACUACUGGGGUUCUACAUAGAUGUAGACAAAGCCGACCCAGUACCACCGGCAGGGGGCGUGAGUGAUCCACGAUGGCUGGGGGCCUGGUGGCUCGGAUUCUUCAUUAUGGGCGCAGCUCUCUUAUUCAUGAGUGUCAUCUAUGGCGGUUUUACGCAGAACUUUUUCGAAAGCUCAGUUGAAGAAAUUCAUGACACCACGAGCAUGACGUCAUCCCGAUCCAGAAUGGUUCUUACCGCCAUCAGGGACAUUUCAGGGGAAGUUCUCGCUCUUGGGUGCAAUGUGUGCCUCAUGUGCAGUAUCUUCGCCUUCCUGUUCAAUGGAAUGGUGUUUGCAGGGAUAACCACUUACGCCAUCAAGUCCUUGGAGGUGCAGUUCGGCUUGCCGCCGGGGAGGGCGUCCUUCAUGAUAGGCGCGACCAUUGUUCCCGGAGCGGUGCUUGGCGCUAUCCUGUCCGGGGUCCUGAUGAAAAGGUGGCGAGUCGGAGUGAAAGGAGCGCUGAAGAUGGCGUCAGUCUUCGCAGGCGUAACUGUCAUGUUCAGCACCUUUGUGCUGAUCCGCUGUCCUAACAUGGACUUUGCAGGGGUGACGGUGCCGUACCAUAACAGGCUUGCUCCCCCUGCUACCCCUGUGGUUGUAGGAAGCGCCAUUCUCUCCAACUGUAACAGGAACUGUACCUGCUCCACCUACUAUAACCCUGUCUGCGGGAGGAACGGCAUGACGUACUUCUCACCCUGCCAUGCUGGCUGUGUGGAACACGACCUCCAAACGCAGACAUACAGCACAUGCCUCUGCGUUGGAUCAGACCUGGCCCCCGCGGUGUUCAGUAGUAACAGCACCGACCCAGACGUUAUGCCUGGCUACUGCGAGAGCGGCUGCGGUCUCCUGCCACUGAUGCUGGCCCUGAAUUUCGGCUGGGCAACAUCUUUGUCUGCAGUGGCUCCCAUUAUCUUAUUCGUCCUUUUAAGAUCCGUUGAGGAAAGGCAGAGGUCCAUGGCGUUGGGUAUGACAAACUUGGUGGGGCGACUUUUGGGGACCAUCCCGGGCCCGAUCAUGUUCGGCGCGUUGGUGGACCGGAGCUGCCUGCUGUGGGGACAGACCUGCGGGGAGCGGGGAGCCUGCCUCCUGUACGACACCGCCAACAUGAGCUCCUACCUCUUCUCAGCCACCUUCACCUGCAACUUCCUGGCCUUGGGCUGUAUGCUGGUCGCCCUGUAUGGCUGGGAGAGAAAACGUCGCGACGAGAGGGCCGUAAAAGUGAAGCCCAGACCUCUGCGCUUAAGUAUUGUCAUGGAUAUGAAGGAAGUAGAUUCCACUGAAUAAUACUAACAUUUGGUUAAUUGACUGAAAUACCUUUAUUGUACAUUCAUGCCUCGACGGGCUAGGUACAGGUCACUGAUAAUAGACUUAACAGACAUAUGCAGGGACAACAAGAUACAAUUCAACUCAUUGAAGGUACUAAGCUAACAGGAU